UCCAUGACUAGCGCCUAUCACACAUAUGUUUUCAACGUGGCCAGGAUUGGUUGGAGAUAGAUUCUACGAAGGGAAGAUAGGAAAGUGGUACGCUUGAAAUCGUGUUACCAGAUCCUCGCUCUAACCUUUGCAAGAGGCCUGGCUACACAUCCUUCAAUACGAUGAAAAGGGCUCAUUCCGUGUCUCUUUCGGCGGACAUGUCACAGACGCUUACCCCAUUAGAAGCCGAGGUCUAUCUGAUCUUGUGGCGUAAUGCCCCCGUUCACUCUGAGAAAAUACGAACAUCUUGAAGAGCCGCUAGCUGUACAGCCAAUAUCCCAGUCCUCUAGUCACAGCGAGAGCUAUUACUGGGAAGACAUCGUUGUACAGGUCGAAGACACCCUCUUUCGGUUUCCAAAGCAUCACUUGAUGGAAAGAUCAGAAGCCUUCAGGUCGAUGUUGUCUAUGCCACAAGGAAGCAACGAACCUGAGGGUUUCAGUGACGACCGGCCCAUCAAGCUCUCAGGUAUCAGUAAAGUCGAGUUUGAACGGCUUCUUCAGGUCCUCCACCCAAAAGACGCGCAGAAACAACCACAUCUAUCACUGAAUGCGUGGCUUUCCGUUAUAAAGCUAUCCAGCUUAUGAUGGUUAGCGGGUACGCGACAUAUCGCCAUCUCCCGUUUGACGACGCUUCUGUGCAAGACAGAUCCGGUGGAUAGAGUCAUCCUUGGCAGAAAGUACUCGGUGGCGCAAUGGCUUUCUUCCGGAUUCAUGGAUCUAGUGCAUCGCGUAGAGCUGGUGUCUCCGGAGGAGGCGGAAAAGAUUGGCUUGGACACGGCACUUGAGAUUCAGCGUGUGCGGGAGCGCUUUCUCCGGUCUGCCUAUGAUAGGGUCGAAAGGUCAAAUAAUCUCUGGAUCGAAGUCCAUGGGCCAUCAUUUGAUCCGGACCAGGUGAAGAAUGCGAUAGAAAACGCGUUUAAGAAGGUGUUGGAGGGUGUUGAAGCCGAUGGGUCGUUGUUUUACGAGUAGUUCAAUAUUGUAAGAUAAGUAAGGAGAUGUCUUCAAUGUCAGAGUUGGAG